AUGGAGCUGGAAGGAGUGAGAGGCGACGAGACAACGUUCAUGCGGCUGGUGGCGGUGUGCAUGGAUCAAAACUCCCUGGCCAGAGGGAGGAUGAUCCACUCCAGGAUUAUUGAGGAGGGACUGGAAGCGAGCACCUCGGUGUCCAACGCGCUGAUAACUUUCUACGGCCAGUCCGGGAGCCUGGAGGCAAGCAGCGUUUUUGGAAGGAUGGCAGCGGCGACGCUCAUCUCCUGGACUGCUAUCAUCUCGGCUUUCGCUCAGCCAGCGAGCUCUCGAGCUCUACCAGCGGAUGGACUUGGAAGGGAUCAAACCGGACGACCCACUCUGGGAUGGUGGAGGAAGGCCGGCGCUACUUUCUGGCUAUGGUGGGCGAUCACGGGAUUGAGAGCUCUGUCCAGCAUCUGGAUUGCUUUGGUGGAUCUCCUGGGCCGAGCUGGGUGGCUGGAGGAGGCGGAGAAGCUGGCGAGAUCCAUGCCGCUGGGGAAGAACAGGGUGGCGCUCACGGCGGUGUUUGGAGCUUGCCAGAUCCACGACGACAGCGAGCGCGCGGAGCGGCUGAGCCGGGAGAUUGAAUUUCGGGCGUCGGAUCCUGCGGGCUGGGCAGAUCUAGACCGUUGGUGGGUCUAA